GGAAUUCCUCUACUGUACUCAGCUACAGUGCUAUACGCUAAGCCAGUAUGGAUAAUCCGGAAGGCGACUACGAAAAAGGUAAAAGGCUCUACAAAUUGCGUUGCUUGCACUGUCAUACUAUCAACACAACUGCUGAAAAACAGGGUCCUACACUGAAUGGAAUAAUGGGCAGAACUAGCGGCACUUUACCUGGGUACACAUAUUCAGAUGCAAAUAAGAAUAAGAACGUUGUUUGGACGCGCGAAACUAUGGAUGAAUAUCUCGAAAAUCCCAAAAAGUUCAUGCCAGGGACGAAAAUGAUAUAUAAUGGAUUAAAGAAAGCUGAGGAUCGUGCUGAUCUUCUAAAAUACAUAGAAGUUGAAAGUGCAAAGCCAAUACAAUAACCUCGGCUAUACGAUUUUUUCUGAUCCCAUUUUGCAUUCAUUACUAGCUUUAUCCUCUGAAUUAUUAGUUGUUUUGUACUAGCUGUUUUUUGUUAUUUGUUGAAGAC